AUGGAGAGCCAGGAGGAAAGCCACUUGUCAGACCUGGUGAACGUUCAACGGCAACGCCCAGAUGAUCCAGCUGACCUUGAAUUCCAGUUGGAGCGGGAAUUCAUCGGCGAGGAGUUUAUCCUUGACGAUAUACGGGUCGACGGUCAGCGCCAUAUCAUCUUCGCGACGCAGCAGCAGCUACACCACCUCCGACAGUCUAGGAGAUGGUUCAUAGACGGGACCUUCAAGCUGGUGAAACAUCCGUUUUAUCAGCUCGCCACCAUCCACUGCUUUGUAAAGAAGGGUGAGGACACAAAGCAGGUCCCACUUGUCUACGUACUGAUGUCACGAAGAACUAAACACGACUACAUAGAGGUGCUGAGAAGUCUGCUACGACACAUAGGCCAGCCCUUGGUGGAGUGGUUCAUGCUGGACUUCGAGGCCGCCACAUGGCAGGCAAUCCGAGAAGUUUUCAGCGAACAUCUGCUGACCCGCAUCCAACGUAAGAAGUAUGCUUCAAUUCAUGGACGACUCUUCGACGCCUGGGACCACUACGAGGAGGACGAGCUCACCACCAUCGUCCAACUACUUCGGACGAUCAGCAACAUUGCGGGACUGGGACCAACGAAUCCUUCAGACGACGUACACGACGGUGACAUGACGAAUUAA